GAAUGCAGGGUCUGGGGAGACCGGAUAUAGUGAAUGCAGGGUCUGGGGAGACCACAUAUAGUGAAUGCAGGGUCUGGGGAGACCGGAUAUAGUGAAUGCAGGGUCUGGGGAGACCAGAUAUAGUGAAUGCAGGGUCCGGGGAGACCAGAUAUAUGAAUGCAGGGUCUGGGGAGACCAGAUAUAGUGAAUGCAGGGUCCGGGGAGACGGAUAUAGUGAAUGCAGGGUCCGGGGAGAGCGGAUAUAGUGAAUGCAGGGUCCUGGGAGACCGAUAUAGUGAAUGCAGGGUCCGGGGAGACCGGAUAUAGUGAAUGCAGGGUUCAGGGAGACCAGAUAUAUAGUGAAUGCAGGGUCCAGGGAGACCAGAUAUAGUGAAUGCAGGAUCCGGGGGAGACCGGAUAUAGUGAAUGCGGGGUCCGGGGAGAGCGGAUAUAUUGAAUGCAGGGUCCGGGGAGAACCAGAUAUAGUGAAUGCAGGGUCCAGGGAGACCAGAUAUAGUGAAUGC